GAGACUUCAGAUUUGUCCAACCAACAUGAAUGUCGACAAUCCACUGGGACUUCCCGGCGGCACCACGCCUCGAGGUCCCGGCUACAUCGAUCUGGCAAGCCUGAGUGAGUUGGAGCGGCGAAUGGCUACAGAAUUGUCCACGGCGCUGGCUACGACUACUUACGAGAUACGGGACAAACUAUCCGAAGUCAUGCCGGGCCUCUUUCUUUCCAAUGGAUUAAUCGCUCAAGACCUGCCCGCCCUCCGUGCAAAACGCAUCUCUCACAUCCUGAAUUUGGCUCCGCUGGAGGUGCCCACAACAGCCAACUUUUACGCAGCAGAUCAUAUCGAGUUCAAAGCUAUAUCAGCAAAGGAUGAAUUCGAUUACGACAUGAUGCAGCACUGGUCCGAGUCGCGCGAGUACCUCGAUCGUGCCUUGAAGCAAGACAGAGGCCGUGUGCUCGUCCAUUGUCAAGCCGGCAUCAACCGGUCCGGGGCUAUCGCUGUGGCGUACAUGAUGGUCACCAGACGACGCAUGUUGAUUGAGGCGGCCAAGUCUGUAAAGCGGAAACGGUAUCAACUAAUCACCAAUUCUAAUUUUCAAUUGUCGUUGGUAAAAUUUGCUACCUCGGAGAAUUUGCUCGGCAAGCCAGCUCCGCCUCGUCGAAGACUGUCUCCCACCCCUUACCCCGCCGCUUCAGUGCCGACGGACGAGUUUGCGGCGACACGAUGGCCUUUUGGUGGGAAGGGAAAACCGGCCGUGCUGUUCUUGCACGGGACUUUCGCCCCCGUGCACAAGGGCCACCUGGCGGCGCUGG